AAAGAGCAAUAUAUCUUCCAUGUGAAGUUUCUUUGUGACAGAUAUUCUACAACAUUCUGUCCUCCCAUUGCAUCAGAAUUUAUCUAUAAAAAGACUUGUAGGUGAGGUGUGAGGAAGAAUGACAGAGUCUGUAGAAGUCAAACGCAAGGGAACCUUUAAGGUACGCACCUUGCAGAACAUAGAGGAGAAGAUACAGAAGAUAUGGACUGAUCAAAAGAUCUUUGAGGAAGAUGCUCCUAAAAACUACCAGAAACCAGGACCAGGGAAGGAUAAGUUUCUUGUGACGUUUCCUUACCCAUACAUGAAUGGAAGACUUCACCUUGGUCAUACCUUCUCCUUCUCCAAGGCAGAGUUCAUAGUUGGAUAUCUGAGGAUGAAAGGCAAGCAUUGUCUCUGGCCAUUUGGACUUCACUGCACAGGAAUGCCCAUCAAGGCAUGUGCUGACAAGUUGAAGAGAGAGAUGGAAAUGUUUGGUUGCCCACCUGUAUUUCCUGCAGAAGGGGAAGAGAAGGUAGCUACAGAGGAGAGAGAUGAGCCAAUCAUCAAAGACAAGGCUAAAGGAAAGAAAAGCAAACUUGCAGCCAAAACUGGAGGGGUCAAAUGGCAAUGGCAGAUCAUGGUGAACCUCGGGAUUCUCCCAGAAGACAUUCCAAAGUUUGCAGAUGCUCUUCACUGGCUCGACUACUUCCCUCCUAUGUGCAAGAAAGAUGUAUCUCGGAUGGGUUGUAAGAUUGACUGGCGACGUACCUUCAUCACCACUGAUGUGAACCCAUUCUACGACUCAUUUGUGAGAUGGCAGUUCUUACUCCUCAAGAAACGUCAGAAGGUGAAGUUUGGGAAGCGUUACACCAUCUACUCCCCCAAGGAUGGACAGCCUUGCAUGGAUCAUGAUAGGCAGUCUGGAGAGAAUGUUGGACCUCAGGAAUAUACACUCAUCAAGAUGAAACUCAACAAACCCUAUCCAGCGAAACUCAAGAAUGUUGAAAGCAAGGAUGUGUUCUUAGUUGCUGCUACUCUGCGCCCAGAGACCAUGUAUGGUCAGACCAACUGCUGGGUACGACCUGAUAUUCCUUACAUUGCCUAUGAGAUGGCCGGUGGAGAGAUCUUCAUCAGCACCAAACGAGCGGCAAGGAAUGCUUCUUUCCAAGGAAUGACUAAAUCAAAUGGUGUUGUGGAUGUAGUUGCAGAACUCACUGGACAGGAUAUCAUGGGUGUGGCUUUGAGUGCACCCCUUACCAAGUAUCCUGUGAUCUACACCUUGCCCAUGAUGACCAUCAAAGAGAACAAAGGAACGGGUGUGGUCACCAGUGUACCUUCAGAUGCCCCGGAUGAUUAUGCUGCCCUCAGGGACCUCAAGAAGAAAAAGGAUUUCCGAGAGAAGUAUGGUAUCUUGGAUAAGAUGGUAUUACCUUUUGAGCCUGUACCGAUCAUAGAGGUUCCAGGGUAUGGUGAUCUAUCAGCAGUGAAAGCAUGUGAUGAGUUCAAGAUCAGGAGCCAGAAUGAUCGAGAUCAACUCCAGGAAGCUAAGGAGAAAGUCUAUCUCAAAGGAUUCAAUGAAGGAGUGAUACUGGUAGGAGAGUUCAAAGGUCAGAAGGUGAAGGAUAUCAAGAAGGAGGUCAAGCUCAAGAUGGUGAAGGAUGGGAAUGCUGUGAUCUAUUAUGAACCAGAGAAGAAGGUUGUAUCACGCUCAGCUGAAGAAUGUGUAGUAGCUCUAUGUGAUCAGUGGUAUCUGGACUAUGGUACACCACCGUGGAGAGAACAAGCAGACAAGAUCCUAGCAAGUAUGGAAACAUAUGCAGAGGAGACACACAGGAACUUUGUGGCUACUUUAGAUUGGCUUCAUGAGCAUGCAUGCUCUAGGUCAUAUGGUCUAGGAACCAAAUUACCUUGGGAUGAGCAGUACCUGAUAGAGUCCCUGUCUGAUUCUACCAUCUACAUGGCUUACUACACAGUGUGUCACCUGCUCCAAGGUGGAGUCUUUGAUGGGCAAGGAUCCAGUCCUCUGCAUAUCAAGCCCGGACAGAUGACUCCUGAAGUAUGGAACUACAUCUUCUUCACCGAGAGUCCUUUCCCUGCUUCCACAGGAAUCCCUAAGACCACGUUAGACCGUCUGAGGCAUGAGUUUCAGUAUUGGUAUGGUGUAGAUCUGAGAGUGUCUGGUAAGGAUCUCAUUCCUAACCAUCUUACCUACUGGAUCUACAAUCAUGGUGCUAUCUGGCCGGAUGAAGAGAACAGAUGGCCUAAAGGAACCCGUUGCAAUGGUCAUCUCAUGCUUAACAAUGAGAAGAUGUCCAAGUCAACAGGAAACUUCUUGACCCUUGCUGAUGCUAUAGAGAAGUUCUCUGCAGAUGGUAUGCGUCUUGCCUUGGCUGAUUCUGGUGAUUCGGCUGUCGAGGAUGCUAACUUCCAGGAGGCCGUAGCUGAGGCUGGAAUCCUACGUCUUUACACCUUUCUCGAGUGGACCAAGGAAACUCUAGAGAAACAGGAUACCUUCAGAACGGGACCGUGUGAUACCUUCAAUGAUAAGGUGUUUGCCAGCGAGAUAAACAAGGCCAUACUGGACACUGAGAAGCAGUAUGAUCGUAUGAUGUUCAAAGAAGCCUUGAGAACUGGCUUCUAUGAGCUCCAGGCAAUCCGAGACAAGUACUACGUACUGUCAGUUGAAGGUGUGCAUAGAGACCUUAUCCUGAGAUUCAUUGAGGUCCAGACCCUCUUACUUGCUCCAUUCUGCCCUCAUCUAUGUGAACACAUCUGGUCUCUUCUACGCAAAGAUGGAUUAUUAAUGCGAGCCUCAUGGCCUGUAGCUGGUGCUGUGGAUGAUGUCUUAGUACGGUCAUCAGAGUACCUGAUGGAUACUGCUCAUGAGCUACGUCUAAGGGUGAAGAAUGCACUCAACCCUCCUAAGAAGAAAGGAGCCCCUCCUCCCAAGAAGCCUACCCAUGGUACCAUCUAUGUAGCAAAGAUCUUCCCUCCUUGGCAGAAUGCAGUACUCACAAAGCUCAAAGAACUCUGGCAGGCUAACAAUGGAGCCUUUCCAGACAACAAGGUGAUUCUUGAUCAACUGAAGAGUAAUGACUUACUCAAGAAGUUCAUGAAGAAGGUCAUGCCUUUUGUCCAACAUAUCAAGGAGAAUGUUGGAAGUAAAGGAUCAAGGGCCCUGGAUACUACUAUGGACUUUGAGGAGACUGAUGUACUACAGUGUAAUCUGGAAUACUUGACUUCUACACUAGAGCUUGAAGGUUUAGAAGUUCGUCCUAGCAGUGAAGCAUCGGACAAGAUCCAAGAAGAAUGCUGUCCCGGCAAACCUUAUUCGGUCUUUGUCAAUCAGCCGCCAUGUGUAUCAGUCAGCUUUGUGAACCCUCAGCCUAGUAGCGGCCAUUUUACUGUAAGAUGCCCUGUUUACGAAGGAGAUAGCAUCUCAAGGAUAGCAGCACGCAUUCAGAAAAACAACAAGAACAUUCAAGAUCUAUCUAAAGUGAGGUUCCUGCGAUACAACGAUCCUGCUCUGGGCCCAAGAACUAUCCCUCGUUAUGAUCAUCCUGAAGAAGGAAAGACACCCAUUGCUGCUACAGCUAAGUUCACCAUACAAGAUAAGACCCAGACUGUUAGUGUUAGCCAGAAUGGAUCCAAGGUUGAUAUUGGUAACAUGAUGGUUUAUAUGGUCAUGUCAUAGACUAUCAUGAGCUGCUUUAAAGUAAUCUAACACUUUACCCAAGUAGCUUGCCUGCCAUAUAUCACAGCUGAUUGUACAUAUAUCAUCUUACUGAUAUUUUGCUUUUAAGAUCUUUAUGUUUUCCUUCAUAUCCUUGAUGUUAAACAGGGUUGUAUCCUGGUCAUGAAUAUUUUGACUCUUUUCAUAAUGUCAUUGACCUUGAAAACGAUAAUGUCCUCUGUCUUUACUCUGUAGAAUUAGAGAGUUAUGUAAUGUCAAAGUUGACAACUAGAAUCUUGGAGCAUUGUUUAUUGUGAUUUUAAUCAUAGCUCACAUAUUUGAAAGAAAGUGAUUAUUCUGUAGAAUGGAUUAUUAAACUGAUGGCAAAUAGGAAAUGAGACAUGCCAUUUUUGAGCUGUAAUGUAGCUGUAAUAUAUUACAUGUAAUUACUGAUUCAGCUGAAUUGUUGUAAUCAUUUAUAUUGAUCGGGUGAGUUGACAGUUAUUCUGAAAUCAUGUACCUUUAAGAUAUUACAAUACAUUCUUAAUUACAUAAUUUAUAUUUAUGUAGUUUUAUGAAUGGUAAAUGAAUGCUUUUUUUUCUUCUUUUAAAUUCAUUUUUCAUCCUUCUCUCAACAUAUUGAAUGAUUUAUCAUGUCAAUGACUGGACAAAUUAAAAAUAUGAAGGUCAAAGGUGAUAGAUGCUGUAUGCUAUUAUGUAGUGAUAAUGAGUGAAGAUGUAUUACUCUCACAACCUCAUUGAUAAUGGUUCUCAAUUCAACCCUAACCUGAAAGGUAUGUCUUCAUGUAUGCAAUUGAUGUUUGUGCUCUGUUGUGAAUGUUUUCUAUGGCAAUUGAACUUUGUAACAUGUUUAAUUAUGUGACAGAAGAAGAAUCAGAAGAAUAUGUUGAUAAAGUUUUAAAGAAAUUAGACGAAUGAUAGUUAUGAAUGUUCGAAAGAAAUUAGACUGAUGAUAGUUACGAAGGUUUGAAAGAAAUUAGACUGAUGAUAGUUAAAAGGUUUGAAAGAAAGUAGACUGAUGAUAGUUAUGAAUGUAUAAAAGUAACGAUCACUAAAUAUGCACAAUUAUCAAAUUGGAAACAUUUUGAACAAAUAUGUUGGAUAAAAUUUGAAUGAAUUAGACAAACAAAAGUGAUGAAUGUUUGAAAUAAAUUAGACUGAUGAUAGUUAUGAAUGUUUAAAAGCUAUGAUCACUAAGUCUCUACCCAAUUAUCUAAUUGUCAAUUUGGUAAAUGAACCUGUUUUGUGUAGACACUGUACAAUGUCUACCUGCACCAAAUGAUCCUCACAUUUUCAGGGUUUCUUACAUUGAAGGUUUGAUCAUAGUCAUCAUUAUUGAAUUUGUUGUGAGAAAACUCUGAUCACAGUUGCUACAAAUACUUUCAAGGAGUUGAUUUGAUACUUUAUUAUGCAAGAGGUCAUAUUAAUCUCUGUGAAUCCCAAUCUCGCUAUGUUUUCAUAAUCGGCAAUUUUUGAAAUGUUGGGAAUGGUUUGUUUACUUAUUCAAUAUUGAGAGAUAUAGCAUAUGUUCAAGCACAGAUAUAUGAUUAACGUGAUAUGUGUAAAAUGGAUUAAUCUUAUCACAUAUCCAUUCAUCCAUUUCUUGUCAAAAUCCAUUGUCAUGCUCUAACUUAGCAUAAGAUUACUGGCAUACUUCAGAAUAUCAGAACAUUGUACUUGUUCAAAUUCAAGUCAAUUCUCAAGGUCACAGACAUAGCACCCAGGGUUCCUGCAGUCAUGGAAAAACCUGGAAAAUCAUGGACAAAUAAAUCCUUCUAGAAAUUCAUAGAAAAUGAUUUAAAAUAAAUGUCCUAGGGUCAUAGACAGUCAUGACAAUUCAUUGUGGUUGUGGGGUGUGUGUGGUUACUGGCAUGGUACCUGUAAGCUGCUUGGAUGCUGCCACUCAUACCAUAAUGGUACCUAUCUGGUCCUAGAAAAGGGUAACAAUGGGUCAUGGAAAGUCAUUGAACUUGUUUCUCAAAUCUCUGUGGGCACCCUGUAGCCCACCCCUCAUCCACUCAUACUCCAAACUCUUCUAGUAUUUUGUAUGAUGUAUAACAAGUAUUUUAGCAUCCAUCAGUCUUACACAUCAGUGAUGUGUGACUGUUGUUAUUAGAAAUAAGAAAAUCUGGUGAUUCAUAAGAUAUUGAUUAAUUUCUUAAGUGUUCAACAUUUUGCGCUUCCUUUUUUGUCUGUAGCUUUAGUAGUUUUUUUCUUUAUUCUUCUUUAUUAUCCAUGUACAGUGGAACCUCAUAAAAACCUCCUUGGAACCCAGAGAAGGACCUCAUAACACAUGUAUUGAAAGUCUGUUAUAUCAGGCAGGGCUUAAAGGCAGGGUACUCUACUAACACUACUUCAGAUUUCGGUAUACUGCCAUCUACUGCUCACAAUGUCCUGAUGUGUCGAAAGCCAUAAUCAUCAACUGCAUGAUGCACGUGUAAUCAUGCUUGGGUACAGGAACCGAAAAUUGCUCUAUGUACCGGUAAGCAUUUGCUGAAAAAUGAAGCAAUUGAAUAUACAUUACACUUGAUAUAGGAUCUCUAUGAAAUGCCACUAUAGCAGUGAUAGCGAUGUAGGUAAAAUGCCUCCUUUAAAAGAAAACGAAUAGGGUAAAAAUUAGGACCAACACAAUUACCUUGUACAAAGUUGAUAUAAGAGUGUUCUUUAUCACAAGGUUGCACUGUACAUUUAUUUGCUAAUACGUACCUGUCAUAAGUACAUGUACAUUGCCACACUUGAAAGAUGAUAUACUUUGCAUGAUACAUGUGAAGGGAUUAAUAAACGUAUGUGUCAAGUGGAA